GAGAGUGUUUUGUGAUUUACCUCACUUCCUGUCCUCCCCGGCAAAGAAUGAAACUGUCCCGGCAGUGACGUCAGUUCCAGGAGCGAGUUAAGAAACGUGGCCUUAGUGAAGAGACUCUGACGGAUCCAGACCGGGGAAGUAUCUCGUAACGCGAACAAACACUGUAGCACCUGAGAAACACACGCAGAAAUGGCCGAAGUUGACCAGGGAUCGGCUUUCCCCGGCGAGGCUGCAUCGCCAGCGAUUGACAGCCUCAAUGCCACCGACUCGAACGGUACCGACUCGACUAAUGCAACGGUAGCCAAGUUCGUCUCCACACCGGAGGGUACAGCGUUGGCUUACGGGAGUCUGGUCUUAAUGGCCCUGCUGCCUAUUUUUUUUGGAGCUCUUCGAUCCGUCAACUGCGCAAAAGGCAAGAACUCCUCGGAUAUGCCGGAGACGAUUACAAGCCGUGAUGCUGCCAGGUUCCCCAUCAUUGCCAGCUGCACCCUCUUUGGAUUGUACCUCUUCUUCAAAAUAUUUUCUGAAGAAUACAUAAACAUGCUGUUAUCGAUGUACUUCUUUGUGCUGGGUAUUUUAGCACUGUCACACACUAUCAGUCCAUUCGUGAACAGACUGUUUCCUGAAAACUUUCCCAAUAAGCAGUACCAGCUGCUCUUUACCCAGGGAUCUGGGGAAAACAAAGAGGAAAUUGUCAAUUAUGAAUUUGACACCAAAGACCUUUUCUGCCUUUGCUUCAGUAGUGUGGUUGGAGUUUGGUACAUUCUCAAGAAGCACUGGAUUGCCAACAAUCUCUUCGGUUUGGCUUUUGCUCUGAAUGGAGUUGAGCUGCUGCAUCUCAACAAUGUGAGCACUGGCUGCAUCCUGUUGGGAGGACUCUUUGUCUAUGAUGUGUUCUGGGUAUUUGGGACCAAUGUUAUGGUGACUGUGGCCAAGUCCUUUGAAGCCCCAAUUAAACUGGUUUUCCCUCAAGAUAUUUUGGAGAAGGGGCUUGCAGCCAAUAACUUUGCUAUGCUGGGACUCGGAGAUAUCGUUAUUCCAGGUAUCUUUAUUGCAUUGCUCCUGCGUUUUGAUGUCAGCUUGAAUAAGAAUUCCCGUACCUAUUUUUACACUGGUUUCCUUGCCUAUAUCUUUGGACUGGGUCUGACUAUCUUUGUCAUGCACACCUUUAAACACGCCCAGCCUGCCCUUCUAUACCUGGUCCCAGCCUGUACUGGGCUGCCUUUCUUUGUUGCUCUAGUUAAGGGAGAACUGACUGAAAUGUUCAGCUAUGAGUCUUCUGCUGAGGUCUUGCCGCACACUCCAAGGCUCACCCACUUCCCCACUGUCUCCGGCUCUCCUGCCAGUCUCGCUAACUCUAUGCAGCAAAAACCCUCCUCUCCCCGCCGCCGGCACCACAACCCCACCUCUAUGUAGCGGCCAGAAAAGUGCCAGACGUAUUUCGCUGGUCAGGUAUGAAGAAACCCCUCCUGAAUCCAAGGAGGAAAAAGAGACCGAGAAGAAAGAGAACUAAUUGUCCCCACAAAACUUCAGCGCCUGCCAGUUUCACACCCCUUUCUGAUGAAGUCCAUUAUUUCUGUUGCGGAUGUGUUUUUGUUGUACAAGGAAACUACAAAUAUAUGUUUAAAUUUAAAUACCUGUAUUUCAUCAGAUAUUUUGUAAUAUUUGUGUGUUUUUUUUUUUUUUUUUUUUUUUUUUUUUGUAACAUUGUGCAAGAGUGCCUGUGUAUUCCUUUUUUAUUUAAAUGUAUUCUGUCUAGCCUGGUCAUUUGAUGGGUUGUGACAUUUUUACAAAGGCCAGAAUUAUUUUUAUUUUUUUCCCCCCUGAAAUACAGAAUGUAAUUUCCUUGUUUACCAAAGACUGCAAGGAAGACAAACCUUUUUUUAGCUUAUUUUAUACACACUGUAAAAAUCUAACUUAUGGUAAAUGUUCAGUACACCGAACAUUUUACAUUUGAAAUUGAACGCGCUACCGUCAGCCAGAAAGAGAGAGCCCUUGGGUACGGAUGUACAGAGCACUGACCAUUCAGUAAUUCGGGGUCCUAAAUAUUGGUCUCAUAUUUUGUAUGUUUUUAUGGUCUUAUGUAAAGCAAAUAAUGCGUUUCACAGCGAAAUCUCGUGUUCUCUUAAACUUGGUCCCAGGACUGAGGAGGCUACAGCAUUGCCCUAGAAUUAUUAGGGUUUCAUUCAUAGUAGACUGAUGGAUUAUUAAUCUUUCUCAUUGAAAGUGCAUAUUAAAGCGAGAGACUUUUAUUUUAUAUAUAACUAGUAACUUUUUUUUAUAUCUAUAACUAGUAACUGAUGAUUCUGUUAGCGUUAUCAGUGUUAUUGUUUAGAUAAUAUUUAUGUAUUUCAAACAGUAGUUGAAAGAAAGGGAAUACAGAUGAUUGUUGUAUAUCGGACCAAUAGGUAGAACAUUGAGAAUAAGAUGAAAAAAGUCAGCUUUACUAGUUUAAGCACCAAAUGACAAACCUUUUUAUUCUUCUGUUGUGUUUAUGAUGCUUGCUUGUUCUCGUGAAUGUAAAAUGUUUCCUGACAAGCAGUUGUUUGUACAUUUGCACUGUACAGUAAUAAAAUGGAUGUUGCCAGAGAAAGGGACCUUGUUCUCCAGCAUGAGUUACUCUUGCUUGUAGAAGUUUACGUAGUGUUUAUAGAGCCUUUUAAUGUGUUUUCCACUGUUAAAUAGCACAAACAGAGUUUAUGUAAUGUCAUUUUAAACAGCAUAGCUUUGUAAAUUCAUUCUCUGAAUGACUUGUAGAUUUGAAGAAUAGAUUCUGAAAUCUAUGCCUCUGGUGUUUUAAUAUACGCAAAAAUCACCUUACCACUUAUAUUUUUGUAAGAAUAGCCGUUCCAAUGUAUUUUACUUUUAAAUCCUAAUAGACAUUUUUUAUAUAUGGAUCCAUCCUUGCUCUAACCAGGCAGAAGUUAACCUUCCUAGCUAUUCUGUUCUAUUUUAAUCUGCUUUCCAAUCAAUUGUAAUCCUAAAAUCUUUGCACGAUUACCUGUAACUAAUAUCUGCACGAUUACCUGUAAUCAACAUUGUGUGAAUGUAGAUCCUAGCAUGGAUACGACUUGCACACAUAUGGCAAGGUUUUCUGGGCAUUCUAGGGAAAACAAAGGAGAGCAGGUGUUUUUAAACAGGACGAACAUUAAAGCCAUGAUUGUUCAACACCAGCAAGAACAACUUUAAAUGAGGGAUGUCUACAUGUGUAGAAAAGGGAGCUAUAUUGUGCACCUGUAAUCGUUUGUCUCCUUUCAACCAUUGUAAGUAUUGUGAAAAAGAUAAAAAGAAUUAAGAUUCUGGCCUUUUUAAAAAAUAUAUUUUAGUGGCAAUGGAUUUUUUUUUUUAUAUAUAUAUAAACACACAUGCUUUGCUUUAUGUGCAUUCUUAAGUAUUUUCAUUUAAGUAUUCCCAUGUUGCUGUCUUUUCUUUUGUAGAACUGCAAAUUCAGGCUAGCUUCUCUUUGGAGGAGCGGUUAUAUUUUGCAAUAAAUUGUGGUGUACACCACUGUAGAGAUGCAUAAUA